AUGAGGUUUGCCACUCACCAGCUUCUGAGAAGCAGUGAAUACGGUGUUGCAGUGGACGAUAUCCCAGACUGUAGACAGAGCAAAGCCUUUCGAAAGCAUCAGAUUGCUUUUGCACUUUGUGGAGAAAUAGACUUGCUUGCAGAUCCACCCAAUUUUGUCCAGAAGGUGAAGCAUUCACAGGCAGCUGCAAAAAUAAGUGAGUUUGACGAGGAGGACCUAGCACGUUUGGCUUGGUCCUUUGCUGCCCUAGACCUGGCGCCAAGGGAAUUCACGAGGCUUCUGGUCGCAGAGGCAGCCAAACGCGACGCUUCACAAGGCCCGACAACUGCCAGAGGCCAGUGGCAUGGAUCUCAGCGCAGGCGUCAAAGUAGGGGGCAUCGUCACAAUUCCGAGGAACUCGAUGAAAGAACUCGUGAGCAAAGUGCAGGUUCACCUGUGGAAAGAAGGGCUCAGAGAAGGCGCCCGAGCAGGCGUCGAAGAGAGAAGGCUGAGAAGGUGGAGGUCUCAAGAGAAGUGGCAGAAGAGGCAGAAGAGGUGCUUGAAACGCCAGAGCCGGAAAGCACGACCGCUGCAACGGCGUCUCCUGUUCAAGAGGAACAGGCUUCGGAGAUGAGUCAGGAACAAGCUUCAAUGCAGGAGCAUGAGUGGCACGAGCUCCAAUCCGGAGAGGACAAAGAGCCUGAAUAUGAUGCCUUGCUUGAAAUGCUGAGGGAACAGAUCCGUGCCGGCGUUCAGCCACGACAGGAGGCUGCAGCAGUUGAUAUUGAUGGGGCUGGCAGCGAGCUCGACCAAACUGACAAGGCUCGCAUCCUGGAGCUCUUCGAAGUACAGCGUGUUGCAGAUCAGGUGGCCAGUCGAAAACGCAGCCAGUCGAGUUGGGCAAAAAAGAAAGAGAAGGCUGAAAGAAAGUUAGGCCGAGAAUACAUCCGGAACGAGAUCUCGACUGCCUUCAACGCGCAGCAUGACCCGAGCGUCCGCUACUACAACAGUGUUGCAAUUAGAGUAAAGAAGGGAGAGAAGUCCGUCGACACAAAGACCAUAGAAGCUGUAGCGCAGGGAAAGGUGGAGAAUGAGGGUCGAACCAAAGAGGACCGCAUCAUGGCCAGAAGGAUUGCUUGA